AUGGGGCUCUGCUACAGCCUGCGCCCGCGGCUCUUCGGCGACGCUGGCGGCGGCGGCUCCAUCUCCAGCGCCGGCGCCGCCUCGGAGCCCGAAGCGCCGGCGGAGCCUCACGCCGCCCCGCAGCCGCAGCCUCUCGGCGUCCCGCUCCGGCCCGGCGGUAAGCCCGGCGGGGAGGCGGACGGGCCGCCGCUGCUGCUGCUGCAGAACGGCGGCGGCGGCGGCAAUGGGGCGGCCCCCGAGCGGCAGCCGGCGCUGCCCAAGGCCGGCGGCCCCGGCCUUGGCGGCGGGGGAAAGGCGGCGCGGCAGCAGGCGCUGCACCAGCCGCCGGCGCUCCAGAGGACCUGGGAGAAGCUGCGCCUGGAGGAGCGGGAGGCGGAGAAGGAGGCGAGGAAAGUCAGUAAGAGCAUCGACCGGGCGCUCAAGGAGCAGAAGCGGGAGUACAAGCAGACGCACCGCCUGCUGCUGCUCGGGGCUGGUGAGUCAGGAAAAAGCACUAUUGUGAAACAAAUGCGAAUCCUACACGUCAAUGGAUUUAAUUCAGAAGAAAAGAAACAGAAAAUACUGGAUAUUCGGAAAAACGUUAAAGAUGCGAUUGUGACUAUAGUUUCAGCUAUGAGCACUUUAAUACCCCCAGUUCCAUUGGCCAACCCAGAAAACCAAUUUCGAAUGGACUACAUCAAGAGUAUAGCUCCUCUUUCUGACUUUGACUAUACGCAGGAGUUCUUUGAACAUGCAAAAAAGCUCUGGGAUGAUGAAGGUGUAAAGGCAUGCUUCGAGAGGUCAAAUGAAUAUCAACUGAUUGACUGUGCACAGUACUUUUUAGAAAGAAUUGACAGCGUCAGCAUGGAUGAUUACACACCCACAGAUCAGGACCUAUUAAGAUGCAGAGUGUUGACAUCAGGGAUUUUUGAGACAAGAUUUCAAGUAGAUAAAGUAAAUUUCCACAUGUUUGAUGUAGGUGGCCAGAGAGAUGAGAGAAGAAAAUGGAUCCAAUGCUUUAAUGAUGUCACAGCUAUCAUCUUCGUUGUGGCUUGCAGCAGCUACAACAUGGUAAUAAGGGAAGACAAUAACACAAACAGACUACGGGAAUCCCUGGACCUUUUCAAAAGUAUCUGGAAUAAUAGGUGGUUACGGACCAUUUCUAUCAUUUUAUUCUUGAAUAAACAGGACAUGCUGGCUGAAAAAGUCUUGGCAGGGAAAUCAAAAAUUGAAGAUUACUUUCCUGAAUACGCGCAUUAUACUGUACCUGAGGAUGCAACACCAGAUGCAGGAGAAGACCCCAAAGUCACAAGGGCCAAGUUCUUCAUCCGGGAUGAGUUUUUAAGGAUAAGUACGGCGAGUGGAGACGGCCGGCAUUACUGCUACCCACACUUCACGUGUGCAGUGGACACAGAAAACAUCCGCAGAGUGUUCAACGACUGUCGAGACAUCAUUCAGAGGAUGCACCUCCGCCAGUACGAACUCUUGUGA